AUACGACAUCGCUGUAAUCAAAGUUUAAUGCAAUAAAGACACCUAUCUACAACAGAUUGAGAAGUAUUGUCGAGGCUGCAAGAGAAAUAAAGUGGCUGGACUUAAGAUGGGUCCCCAUCUCGUAAGUGAUGUACUUCGUCUAGGGAAGAGUCAUAACGGGUCCGACUCCGGAGAAACACCGCCGCCGGCAGAAAAAAAAGUGACCCAGCACGGCGAGAACCUUACGAUCUUCAUCCACUCUUCCUGCAGUUGUUUCUCAGGUCUCUCUCGGCGAGUCGCUCGAGACACUGCUUUUACAAUGGCUCAAGAACAAUUGCGCGUCCUGGUUGUUGGCAAUGGUGGCCGUGAGCAUGCUUAUGCUUGGAGGCUGAGCCAGUCGCCCCUCGUCGAUAUCGUCUAUGUCGCUCCCGGAAAUGGCGGUACUGGUAGGGGUUCCAGCAAGAUCACUAAUGUCGACGUGAAGGGUGAUGAUUACCCCGGCCUCGUGGCUUUCGCGCAGAAGAAUGGCGUGAACCUCGUUGUGCCCGGUCCCGAGGCCCCCCUCGUCGACGGUAUCCAGGGAUACUUCCAGGCCGUCGGUAUCAAGUGCUUCGGUCCCUCCAAGGCCGCCGCCCGCAUGGAGGGCUCCAAGACCUUCUCCAAGGACUUCAUGCAGCGCCACAACAUUCCCACUGCUGCCUUCGGCAACUUCUCCGACUAUGAGUCUGCCCGCCGCUACCUCGAUUCCGUCUCUCACAACGUUGUGAUCAAGGCCUCUGGUCUGGCCGCUGGUAAGGGUGUUGUUAUCCCUACUACCAAGGAGGAGGCCCACCAGGCUCUCAAGGAGAUGAUGCUUGACCAUCAGUUCGGCGCUGCUGGCGACGAGGUCGUCAUCGAGCAGUACUUGGAGGGUGACGAGCUGAGCAUCCUCACCUUCAGCGACGGCUACACUAUCUACUCCCUGCCCCCCGCGCAGGACCACAAGCGCAUCUUUGAUGGUGACAAGGGCCCCAACACUGGCGGCAUGGGCUGCUAUGCCCCUACACGCAUUGCGCCCAAGGAGGUCCGUGAUGAGAUUGACCGCACUAUCAUUCAGCCUUCCAUCGACGGCAUGCGGAGAGAUGGCUUCCCCUUCGUUGGUAUUCUCUUUACUGGUCUCAUGAUGACCAAGACCGGCCCCAAGGUCCUCGAAUACAAUGUCCGCGGUGGUGACCCCGAGACCCAGACCCUUCUGCCCCUGCUCAGCGAGGACACCGAUCUGGCCCAGAUCAUGGUCGCCUGUACCGAGCACUACCUGGACGGUGUAUCCAUCAAGGUCGAGCCCAACUACUCCACCACCGUCGUCGCCGUCGCUGGCGGUUACCCCGGCUCCUAUGCCAAGGGCAAGCCUAUUACCUUGGAUUCUACUCCUGCCGGCUCCCUGAUCUUCCACGCCGGUACCACCCUUUCUGGCAAUGAGCUGCAGACCUCCGGUGGCCGUGUGAUCGCUGCCACCGCCACCGCCGCUACUCUCGAGGAGGCCGUGUCCAAGAGCUACGAGGGUAUCGCCACCGUUCAUUUCGAGGACAUGUUCUUCCGCAAGGAUAUCGCGCACCGUGCCUUCCGCCAGACCGCCGAUACUUCGCUGACUUACGCCGCUGCCGGUGUCUCCAUCGAUGCCGGUAACGAGUUAGUCAACCGCAUCAAGGCCUCCGUUGGUCGCACCAAGCGCCCCGGUACUGAUGCCGUCAUCGGCGGCUUCGGUGGUCUCUUCUCUCUGGCCGCGGCCAACCCCGAGUACCACGCGGACUCGCCCACCCUGAUUGGUGCCAUCGAUGGUGUUGGCACUAAGCUCAAGAUUGCUCACACUGUCGGCAUCCACGACACCGUUGGUAUCGACUUGGUUGCUAUGAACGUCAACGACCUCGUUGUCCAGGGUGCCGAGCCCCUCUUCUUCCUUGACUGCUACUCUUGUGGCCACUUGGACGUCCCCACCGCCGCUGCGUUCGUCGCUGGAGUUGCGGACGGCUGUGUGCAAGCCGGCUGUGCCCUGAUCGGUGGUGAAACCGCCGAGAUGCCCGGUCUGUUCAUUGACGACACCUACGACGCAGUUGGUGCGGCCGUCGGUGCCAUCAACACGAGCGGUGCCUAUGCCCGCCAGAUUCUGCCUCACACCGACGCCAUGCGCUCUGGUGACGUGCUGCUGGCCCUUGGCUCGUCUGGCCCGCACUCGAACGGUUACUCGCUCGUGCGCAAGAUCGUUGAGCGCACCGGCCUGGACUUUGCCGAUCCCGCCCCCUUCACCAUGCCCGGUCAGACCGAGCAGCUCUCCCUGGGCCGUGCCCUGCUCACCCCCACCCGCAUCUACGUCAAGUCCAUCCUGGCUGCUCUGAAGGCCCACUCGUCCGCCAUCAAGGGUCUGGCUCACAUCACUGGUGGUGGUCUCACCGAGAACAUCCCCCGCAUGCUCCCCUCGACUCUCACUGCCGCCGUCGACGUUAGCUCUUGGGCCCAGCCUUCCGUCUUCCAGUGGCUGCAGCGUGCCGGUAACGUCUCCCCGGUGGAGAUGGCCCGCGCAUUCAACUGCGGUGUUGGCAUGGUCAUUGCCGUGGAGGCUUCUGCCGCGGCGGAGAUCCGCCAGAGCUUCGAGGCUGCUGGUGAGACUGUGUACCGUAUUGGUGAGCUGCGUGCCCGUGCCGAGGGUGAGGAGGGCUGCGUGCUCAGCGGCCUGGAGUCGUGGAGCGCAUGAUCUGUCCUCGGAAGAGGAGGGCAGUCUUUUGCCUCGUUUUAAAUUUCUUUGCGAUAUUAGGUCUUAUGGCAUUUUUCUUUUCUUGUUACGUUUUUGUUGGUCUGGAGACACAAAAUUGGGCCUUGUUGAUGGUCCUGGAAUGAAUGACGCUGAAUAUCCUGUAUUCUGGAUGAAAUGAUACAUACACUUAUAUACUGUCAAUUGAAAGUUUUACUAGAAAUACGCGUUUUUGCUUGCUCUCCUUCUCUCGAUCUGGAUGUCAAAGUACCCAAUGAAUGCUCCUCCCAUGAAUGUCAAUUCUGCACGUCGAGCCUUGCGGUGCUCUAUAGUGACACACUCGACCCAUGUUGUUUUGAUCGGUUUUCCCCCAAUCGGUCUCCUCC